AUGAUCUUUGGGGGGAACGAGAUUAACAAGGUCACCUUUUCUGCGGCAAAGAAGACUAAAGUAUCGAUACCUCACCGCAAAAGACUCUGGCAGGACGAUAUCACUUUCACAGAGGAAGACGCAGACGGAUUGAUGUUACCACACAACGACGUACUGGUAAUCUCAUUAAAUGUGUUAGAUUUUAAAAUUAAGCGUGUUCUAGUGGAUUUAGGAAGUUCGUCUAAUAUCAUACAUUGGAGGGUAUUGGAACAAGCUAAACUCACCGGAAGCAUUAUUCCGGCAACAAAACUCCUCACUGGAUUCAACCUUGCGAGCGUGACGACCCGGGGAGAGAUCCUGCUGCCUAUGAGCGCCGAAGAAGUAAUGAAAAUAACUCUCUUAGAAGUAGUGGAUAGUGAUAUGGGAUACAACAUCAUCUUGGGAAGGCCAUGGAUACACGAGAUGAAAGCUAUACCUUCGAUGUAUCACCAAUUACUGAAGUUUCCAACACCGGAAGGAAUCAAGCAGAUAAGAGGUGACCAAUCGGCAACAAGGGAGAUGAAUGUAAUCCCGGUUUCCAUUAGCAAAGGGAAGGAGCGCACGGCAUAG